GUUUAUCGUAAGUUUUGGUAUGAAUUUGUAUAUUCAUAUGUUGGUUAUUGUGCAUAAGUGUUAAGUGGUGCAUGCAUUAGUUGGAACAGUGUUCGGAAGCCAUGUAUAGAUUCUACUAUUUUGAUGUGUCGUUAGAACUGGAGCAAGACACCACAGAAAUAAGUGCUGUGUAUUUCAAGAAUCAUGUUAUGCAUUUAUUGAAUAUUCUCUUUGGCGAGGAUGGUGCGAGUACCGCUGUUGACGUACUGAAAUACGACGAAUUGUCUCGGCGAGCUAUACUGCGUUGUCCAAGUGCCUCAUAUGUCAAGUUACGAAGUUCUUUGACCUUAUGUGAAAAAUUCAACAACAUUCGCUGUGUGUACAGGAUUCGCAACAGUUCUCCUUGUCUGCUGUCAUUACUGAAUACAAGCAGAGGUUAUAAUCAUUACUAAAUAUUUCGUGCCUGUUUUAUUUCUGUAGCCAAUUUAGUCACUUAUUUGAUCUUUUGAGACUUCUGUAUUUUUAAUUUAUUCCUGUGACAGUAAGAAGUGCUGAAUUUUUUUUGGACAUUGUUUAAAAUAAGUACCCACUA